ACUCUUUCGCCGGGCUGGUCAACAUCUUGACAGAUAUUAUCUGGCGAUUCACGGGAGACUUCAUGGCACCUGACCUGGUUUGCCGAGUGGUCCGCUAUUUGCAGGUCGUGCUGCUCUACGCCUCUACCUACGUCCUUGUGUCCCUCAGCAUAGACAGAUACCAUGCCAUCGUCUACCCCAUGAAGUUCCUGCAAGGAGAAAAGCAAGCCAAGGUCCUGAUCGCGGUAGCCUGGAGCCUCUCUUUCCUGUUCUCCAUUCCCACCCUGGUCAUCUUUGGGAAAAGGACGCUCUCCAACGGCGAAGUGCAGUGCUGGGCCCUGUGGCCUGACGACUCCUACUGGACCCCGUACAUGACGAUCGUGGCUUUCCUGGUGUACUUCAUCCCCCUGACAAUCAUCAGUGUCAUCUAUGGCAUUGUGAUUCGAACUAUUUGGAUGAAGAGCAAAGCCCAGGAGACAGUGAUUUCCAACUGCUCAGAUGGGAAACUGUGCAGCAGCUUCAACCGAGGGCUCAUCUCGAGGGCAAAACUCAAGGCCAUCAAGUAUAGUGUUGUCAUCAUCCUUGCCUUCAUCUGCUGUUGGAGUCCGUACUUCCUCUUUGACAUUUUGGACAAUUUCGACCUCCUUCCAGACACCAAGGAGCGCUUCUAUGCCUCUGUGAUCAUUCAGAACCUGCCAGCAUUGAACAGCGCCAUUAAUCCCCUCGUCUACUGCGUCUUCAGUGGCUCUGUCUGUUUCCGCUGCAGGGAGCAAAGAUCACAGGAUUCCAGAAUGACAUUCCGGGAGAGAACUGAGAGGCACGAGAUGCAGAUCCUGUCCAAGCCAGAAUUCAUCUAAACCCUGGACGGUGGCCAUGCUAGGCUGAGCCCCAUCAGCUCUCCUGGACCCCCAUCAUCAGCUUGGGCAUGUGCACAGAACCUAUGCUAAUGUCUCCACCCUUUUCUUGUUGUCACUUGGGAAAUGCACAAGACAAAUGUUCUAGUGAGUGCGUGUCACCUGCACUGGGAAGUAUUGGCCAGCACAAAGUCUCCCACCAUUCAUGCCAGCCAGAAAAGACACCCCUUCCUUCCCCCACCAUUGCCAGCCUUCCUUCCUGCUGUUCAGCACCCGACCCCAGUGGAUAGGGACAUCACUGGCUCAGCCUCCUGGCUGGGAGACACUGAGGAAAC